UCUCGUCUCUGGAGCUGGGGGUGGGGGACGAGGGCCCUCCGGCUGCGGGCGGCUCCGCCCGGUCGGUUGGUCCGCGCGUUGCUCGGUGCGUGAGUCCGGGCCGCCGGUUUCGCCCUCGCCAUGGUCCCCUGGCUGCAGCUGCUGUUGCUGCUGGGGCUGCUCCCGGACGCCGCUCCCGCCCCCAAGAAGCCCCGAGCGGCCGGCCCGCAGGCCAGGGAGCUGGCGUCCCCGGAGCUCCUGGCGCCUGCCCGCUUCGCCCUGGAGAUGUACAACCGCGGCCGGGCUGCCGGGACGAGGGCCGCGUUGAGGGCCGUGCGCGGACGCGUCCGCCGGGCGGGCCGGGGGUCGCUCUACUCCCUGAAGGCCACUCUGGUGGAGCCUCCCUGCAACGACCCUACGGUGUGCCAGCUCCCUAUAUCCAAGAAAACCCUGCUCUGCAGCUUCGAAGUCCUGGACGAGCUGGGAAAACACAUGCUGCUGAGGCGGGACUGUGGCCCAGUGGAUACCAAGGUUACAGGUGCUGGGACAGCCCAGGAUGCUGGGAGAGCUCAGGUCAGACCUCACGGAGGGUUCAGUCCUAACUCUUCUCUGUUGGAACCCUCUCCAGAUGACACAAACGAGACUUUCAGUUCAUUCCUCCCACUGUUGAACAAGGAUCCCCUGCCCCAGGACUUUUCUGUGAAGAUGGCUUCGAUCUUCAAGGAAUUUGUCACCACCUAUAAUCGGACGUAUGAUACAAAGGAGGAAGCCAGGUGGCGCAUGUCCGUCUUCGCCAACAACAUGGUGCGAGCGCAGAAGAUCCAGGCCCUGGACACUGGCACAGCUCGGUACGGGGUCACCAAGUUCAGUGACCUUACAGAGGAGGAGUUCCGCACCAUCUACCUGAAUCCCCUCCUGCAAGAGGAGCCCGGCCGGAAGAUGCGCCUCGCCAAGUCCGUCUCCGGCCUUCCUCCCCCCGAGUGGGACUGGAGGAAAAAGGGGGCUGUCACCAAAGUCAAGGACCAGGGCAUGUGCGGCUCCUGCUGGGCCUUUUCCGUCACGGGCAACGUGGAGGGCCAGUGGUUCCUGAAGCAGGGGACGCUGCUCUCACUCUCGGAGCAGGAGCUCCUGGACUGCGACAAGGUGGACAAGGGCUGUAUGGGCGGCUUGCCCUCCAACGCCUACUCGGCCAUAAAGACUCUGGGAGGGCUGGAGACGGAGGACGACUACAGCUACCGGGGCCACUUGCAGACCUGCAGCUUCAACGCAGAGAAGGCCAAGGCCUACAUCAACGACUCGGUGGAGCUGAGCCAGAAUGAGCAGAAGCUGGCAGCCUGGCUGGCCGAGAAGGGCCCCAUCUCCGUUGCCAUCAACGCCUUUGGCAUGCAGUUCUACCGCCACGGGAUCUCCCACCCCCUGCGGCCCCUCUGCAGCCCUUGGCUCAUCGACCACGCUGUGCUGCUCGUGGGCUACGGCAACCGUUCUGCCACUCCCUUCUGGGCCAUCAAGAACAGCUGGGGCACUGACUGGGGCGAGGAGGGUUACUACUACUUGUACCGUGGGUCCGGGGCCUGUGGCGUGAACAUCAUGGCCAGUUCGGCAGUGGUGAACUGAGGCGCACGACCAGAGCAGCCCCUUCCCCUGCCUGACCUGCAUGACCAGGCCCCUCCCCAGGGGGCACAGCCGACUGAGGGACAGCCACCAGGUACCUCAGGGUGAGCAAAGGCCACUGGACUAGGGGCCCAGCCCCCCCCUCCCCGAAGCUCCCCAUCUGCACCUUUGUUAACCUGUGGUAGCUAGGAGGAUCUUGGGGUGAAGGGUGAUUGUCUCGGCCACCGAAGCCAGGGCGAGAACACUGGGCUGGGGUCCGGAGCAGGUGGGAAGAAAGUACCCUGGUCCCAAACCCAGCUGUGUCCUCAGCAGGCUCUGCCUUCCUGCCCCAGCUUUUCUCUGAUGCUAUAAAUUUUCUGGUCCCCCUGGAUUUGGGGACAGUGUUGCCUUCCACAUCUAGAGGCUGUUGUAACCAACCUUUUCUAGCUCAAUAAAGAGGUGUCCUGGGCCCCCA